AUGUCUUCGACGUCUAGUCUCGGGGGCUCUUGCCCGGCCCCGUUCCUGCAAGAGAGCCUCUUCCCAGAGUCAGGGGGAUUUACGGCGGGACGGUUUUGCAUGCCCUUGUCCACGCUUCAACCCAACCUAACCUGUUGUUUACCGUGUCCGAUGACGGAUUGGACAUAUUCGGACGGAUUUGAAUCCCGCACCGAAAUUGCCAACUGGGUAAAUGUGGCGGCUUUUGUGCUGUCCAUAUAUCUUCUUCUGUCAUUUGCUGUUCUUCCCGUCAAGUAUACCCAUAGACACUAUUUAAGUGUCUGUCUGACCUUGGGAGUGGUUUUUGUGGAGCUCGCUUUCAUUAUUCCACUGGCCACGAAACCAGCGCAGUGCUACAACGAAAUUACCCCGAAUGACAUGAAAUCGAGCGGCUCUUGCGCAAUCAGCGGGGCCUUCUUGUUAUUUGGUGGUUGGGCCAUUGUUAUUUGGGUUUUCUGCAGAGCACUCGCCCUCCAUCUCCAGAUCUGCUGGGAGGUUGUACUUGGGAACAAGACUUUCUACACAUCACUGGUGCUGGGAUGGCUAAUCCCUAUUAUUGGCCUUGCAUUGACCCUAAGCCUGACUGGAGUGUCAUUCCGAUUUGGCAAUGUCUGCCACAUCAACCACAAAGACGCCCUUCAAGAUUACUGGGGACCUCUGUUGGCAUUCGGCGCGUUGGCGUUGGUAUUGCAAUUCGUCACCAUCGGUUAUUGCGUGCAGGUCUACGUUAAGAGUCUUCUCGAUGACAAGCAAACCACCAAUUCCAGCUCUCAGCCUCCGACAUACCAAGGGAGCAUGAAAACGGUGACGGCAAGACAGACUUACCGCCGAGUCAAGAGGGUGGUCGAGCUUCAAUGGCGUGGGGCCAGUAUUGUGCUUGUCAUCAUUGCAGAAGUUGUGUUCUUCUCGGUGGUCUUUGUGUCCAUGGACAACAGCACUAAAGUCGACGCGGCGCUUUUGCAGAAGGCCCAGCCUUGGCUCACCUGUCUGGUCGCCAACAAAGGCGACAAAAACAAAUGCUUGUCGCUCGGGAGCGGCCUGGUCAAAUCCGAGGGGGUCGUUCUGGCGGUGCUGAUUGUUCUUGGGUUGAGCGGGUUCUGGUGCUUGAUGUUCAUGGGCCGGUGGUCUAUGACUCAUGGCUGGGUGGAAUUUGUCCAAACAAAAUUGUUUCGAAAGAGUGAAUUUGUCUCGGCUGAUGCCAGACGGUUCUCGAACGACCCUCGUACGUACGAAAUGCUGAGCGGAGCGACGCCUCAACUGAACCUCAAAACCCCAGAUCGAGCUUUGACCAGUCCCCGAAUGCGAACCGAAUUCUCGCCGACGGCCACGAAGCAAGAACUCUAUGGCUCAGCUCGAGCGUACGUUACGCCGGUAUCGAGCUACUCCCAUCCCACUCCGCCGAGUCAACACAAAGAUUGGGAUCCGAGGAUGACACACGCGAGACCGAUGGAUCUCUCCGGAAAGGGGAUCGAACUGGACAAUUAUUCGGGAUGA